AUGGUUAAACAGGCUAAUAUAGUUGUUUGUGGUUCAGCUUGUGUUGGCAAAAGUACACUUGUUAACUCUCUAUGUGGAAAAGAAGUACCCAAAACCAGUAGUAGUUUAUGUUCAGCAACUGAUGAAAUGAAAAAAUAUGUGUUAAAUCAAACUUAUCAAUCAGUUAAUGAAGCUGCAAGUUCAACUGAAUAUUCUAUUACAAUCUGGGAUACAUCGGGUUCAUUCGCUAGACUCGAUCAAUUACAAUGGCUUAUUGAUACAUGUAUUCAAUCAAAUAUUUUUUGUGCUCUCGUCUGUACGAACAAGUAUAGUGAAGGAAAUCAACAACGUGCUCAUGAAUUGAAUGAUUUUCAUUCGUUUCUUUCUCGUUAUCACAGUAUGACACGUAACGAAACCAAUAUAAAAUAUUACGAAAAUGUUGCUCUGUAUACAUCAGUGAAUAGUAUUAUUUACGAAAAUAUUGGUCUUGGUGUAAGAAAAGUAGUCGAAGAUAUUAAUGAACUUAUUUUUGCCAUCAUAACGUCGUUGAAAGACGAUAAACUCGUUGCUUGGUGUUACACUAUUGCUGAAAAUCAAUCAUUCUUGUCGAUGAUGCUUGAUAAAAUUGUAGAAUUAUUUAAAAUAUCUCAACCUAUUUUGGAAGAAUUUCUUCAGAAAGAAGGAAAAGAUACUGCCAAAGCUCUAAUACCGUUGAUUAUCAAAGAAAUGAUGAAGAAAACAUGA